AUGGCCAAACUCAAGGGCGUUGUCUUUGUGGACGCCAGGGGCCACGAAGAGAUCGCCGAAGCUUCUCUCGAUAAACCCUUUGUCCACGGAAACUUUAUUCUACGAGGUGAAAUGGAACAUGUACACCAAAUUUUGCCAAGCAAGUCAGCUCCCAUUAUUGUGUUUUGCAAAAUGGGAGGUCGAGCAGCCAAGGUCAAGGCUGGCUUGGAAGCUGAAGGAUACACCAACGUAUUGAAUGCUGGAGGACUGGGAGAUGUUGACUUUUUGGAUUAA